UUACCGCCAGCUCUUAGCAGGACUUUUCCGGCAAUUAGACUUCCCCCGAAUUGACGAAGUUAUCCAGUAAAGAUGCUGGUCUUAGUACUUGGUGAUCUUCAUAUUCCUCAUCGCUGUAACAGCCUUCCGGCCAAGUUUAAGAAGUUGCUUGUACCCGGAAAAAUUCAGCAUAUAUUAUGCACAGGAAACCUAUGCACAAAAGAGACUUUUGACUACUUGAAAACCCUUGCAAGUGAUGUUCAUGUUGUCAGAGGAGAUUUUGAUGAGAAUCUGAACUACCCUGAACAGAAAGUUGUUACAGUAGGACAGUUUAGGAUAGGACUGUGUCAUGGACAUCAGAUGGUCCCUUGGGGUGAUACAGAGAGCCUGGCAUUGGUUCAGCGACAGUUGGAUGUAGAUAUCCUUAUAUCAGGACACACACAUAAAUUUGAAGCUUUUGAGCAUGAAAACAAAUUUUACAUCAAUCCUGGAUCAGCAACAGGAGCUUAUAAUCCUCUAGACAGUAGUGUCACCUGUUCCUUUGUAAUUCUGGAUAUCCAGCAGUCAACAGUUGUUGCCUAUGUUUACAAACUGGUUCAAGAUGAUGUCAAAGUGGAGAGAAUAGAAUAUAAAAAGAACUGACCUUUUCACCUAACAAAGAAGUUUGUGACUUAUAUUUUAUGUGUUUAUUGUGCAAUAAGACCAUUAAGUGUCAGGUGUCCUCAGUUGCUAAGGUAGCCUAUUACUAUGCUUUCUUUUCUGUGUGCACAAACAUUUGAAACGUUACAUGUAAGAAAUGACUGAAAUUUCUCUGCAUGUCAAUAAUGAAUAAUUAUCCCUCUGUCACUUUGUUAUAUUCAUGACCCCUUGUACAUGUGUGUAGGCCUGAAGGUUGAACAAAGUUUGUCUCAAAUCCAAAAAAGAAUAAUGCUUUGAAAGUAUUUUUUUUCUUCUUAAUAAAUGAAAUGUUUGCAUAUGUAGAAGAACAAAUAUUAAAUAAAGGCAUAAAUAUUGAGCUUA